GCUCAGCAUCAUCAUCUUCGUCAUCAUCCUCCUCUUCUCCAUCGCCACCCACGACACUGCAGCAUGGACACGCAGGACCAGGCAGUACACAUGGAGCCACUGCUACCCAAUGUCAACUCUUCAUUUGCCUCAUCUGUUGGCCGUAGAAGUUUGAGGAGUGAUGACGAAGCUGUCGUGGACAGAGGAGGAACACGCUCGCAGCAGAGCACCAACUUUGAGCCCGAAGAUCUUGAAGGUCACAGGACUCUGUACAUCGGGGUUCACGUCCCAUUGGGCAGCAUCAGACAGCGGAGCCAUCGCAGGCACCGUCACCAUGGUAACAAACACAAACGGAGGAGCAGGGAGCGGGCCCUCCCAUUGGUGGAGGGGAGAGAGUCACCCAUCUAUGACACUCCCUCCCAAAGGGUUCAGCUCCUCCUCGGGACGGAAGAUGAGGAUGAGGAGCACAUUCCUCACGACCUUUUCACAGAGAUGGAUGAGAUUUUCAUGAGGGAGGGCGAGGCCGAUUCUGAGUGGAAGGAGAGCGCCAGGUGGCUGAAGUUUGAGGAGGACGUGGAGGACGGAGGAGAGCGAUGGAGUAAACCCUACGUGGCCACGCUGUCUCUGCACAGCCUGUUCGAGCUGCGCAGCUGCGUCAUCAACGGCACCGUGCUGCUCGACAUGAGGGCCGGCGCCAUCGAGGAGAUCGCCGAUAUGGUACUGGACCACCAGGAACUGUACUCGCCACUGGGCGAUGAGCUCCGAAAGAAAGUUCGCCAAGCGCUGUUGAAGCCACACCAUCAUCAGAACCAGAAGAAGCUGGCCAAUCGCUUGCCCAUCGUACGCUCGCUCGCCGAUAUUGGCCGACGGUCGUCAGACUCUCACCUGGACAAGAACGGUCAGAUGAUAUCUUCACAGUCUCAUUUAGCAGGUCCGGAUGGAAAAGGUGACAUCACCAGAGAAAAUAGCUCUGUGGAUUUAAGCAAGAUGGACCUCCAUUUUAUGAAGAAGAUCCCACCGGGUGCUGAGGCGUGCAACGUCUUAAUAGGAGAGUUGGAGUUCCUCAACAAGCCUGUGGUGGCUUUUGUACGUCUUUCGCCAGCCGUUCUUCUCAGCGGGCUGGCUGAGGUCCCCAUCGCCACCAGGUUUCUGUUUAUUCUCCUGGGACCCGUCGGAAGAGGCCCUCAAUAUCACGAGAUUGGAAGGUCCAUGGCUACACUCAUGACAGACGAGGUCUUCCAUGAUGUCGCAUAUAAAGCAAAGGACCGAAAUGAUCUAAUCGCCGGGAUUGACGAAUUCCUCGAUCAAGUGACAGUCUUGCCACCGGGAGAGUGGGAUCCGUCCAUCAGGAUAGAACCACCCAAAAAUGUUCCUUCUCAGGAGAAGAGGAAGAAAAAUACCAACGACGCAGCUGAGGGUAAUGAAGAGGAGCAUGAAGGCCAUGGAGGUCCUGAACUGCAGCGCACGGGGAAGUGGUUUGGCGGUCUGGUUCUCGACAUCAAGCGCAAAGCCCCCCACUACUUAUCCGACUACUCAGAUGCGUUCAGUUUGCAGUGCGUGGCCUCGUUCCUGUUCCUCUAUUGUGCCUGCAUGUCCCCCGUCAUCACCUUCGGAGGACUUCUGGGCGAGGCGACCGAAGGACGCAUUAGUGCAAUUGAGUCGCUGUUCGGCGCCUCGUUGACGGGCAUCGCUUAUUCGUUAUUUGCCGGUCAGCCGCUCACCAUUCUGGGCAGUACUGGCCCGGUGCUCGUCUUUGAGAAGAUACUCUUCAAAUUCUGCAAGGAGUACGGCCUGUCCUACCUGUCCCUGAGGACCUGCAUCGGCCUGUGGACGGCCUUCCUGUGCAUGGUGCUGGUGGCCACAGACGCCAGCGCCCUGGUGUGUUACAUCACUCGCUUUACGGAGGAAGCCUUCGCCUCGCUCAUCUGCAUCAUCUUCAUUUACGAGGCCUUGGAGAAAUUGUUCUACUUGGGAGACUACUAUCCCUUUAACAAGAACAACAACCUGGACAAGCUCUCCUUGUACUCAUGUUCAUGCGUUGAGCCUUCUGACCCCACCAACGGCACCCUGAAGUACUGGGAGGUCAAUAACGUCACUGCGUCGGAAAUCUACUGGGAAGCGUUGGAGGUCAAGGACUGUGUUGAAAAGCGUGGCGAGUUUGUGGGCAGCGCCUGCGGUCCCAACGGACCUUACGUCCCCGACGUUCUCUUCUGGUGCGUCAUUCUCUUCUUUUCCACCGUCUUCAUGUCGUCUUUCCUUAAGGAGUUCCGCUUCAGACGUUAUUUCCCCACCAAGGUGAGGUGCAUCAUUAGUGAUUUUGCUGUUUUCAUCACCAUCUUCACCAUGGUCCUGGUUGACUACUCUUUAGGGAUCCCAUCUCCAAAACUGAAAGUUCCAAGUGUUUUUAAGCCAACCAGAGAUGAUCGAGGCUGGUUCAUCAACCCGCUGGGGCCAAACCCCUGGUGGACUGUCGUCAUUACGCUCUUUCCAGCUCUGCUGUGCACCAUCCUCAUCUUCAUGGACCAGCAGAUUACAGCUGUCAUCAUAAACAGGAAGGAGCACAAGCUUAAGAAAGGCUGCGGCUACCACCUGGACCUGUUCAUGGUGGGGUUGAUGUUGGCCGUUUGCUCCCUGAUGGGCUUGCCGUGGUUUGUGGCGGCCACCGUGCUCUCCAUCACUCACGUCAACAGCCUGAAGUUGGAGUCGCAGUGCUCGGCGCCCGGCGAGCAGCCCAAGUUCCUGGGCAUCAGGGAGCAACGUUUGACCGGCCUCAUGAUCUUCGUCCUCAUGGGCUGCUCCGUCUUCCUGACGUCUGUGCUAAAGUUCAUUCCCAUGCCCGUCUUGUAUGGUGUCUUUCUCUACAUGGGAGCAUCUUCUCUUUGCGGAAUACAGUUUUUUGACCGUCUCACACUGUUGGGCAUGCCUGCCAAGCACCAGCCAGAUUUCAUCUACCUGCGUCACGUACCCCUGAGGAAGGUGCACCUGUUCACGUUGAUCCAGCUCAGCUGUUUGAUUCUGCUCUGGGUCAUCAAGACCUCCAAGGCCGCCAUCGUUUUCCCCAUGAUGGUGUUGGCUCUGGUGUUCAUCCGGAAACUGUUGGACUGCAUCUUCUCAAAAAGAGAGCUGAGCUGGUUGGAUGACCUCAUGCCAGAAAGCAAGAAGAAGAAGCUGGAGGAUGCCGAGGAGGGGGAAGAGCAGAGCGUCCUGGCUGAGGAAGAAGGCGUCGUGCAAGUGCCAUUGGAGGGAUGCAAAGGAUUACCUGUCAUCAACAUCACGGAUGAGAUGUCCAAAGGUUCUUUUGGAAGCACUUGGAAUGCUACAAGCUAGGACGUUUGUAAAAAUAUCAACAUGUUAGGGUGAUUGCUGGUCCUCCCACAUGCCAUGAGGAACUACUAGGUAUGGAAAAGGCACUACUCUCGCUCUGUAAGUGUUGUUUUUGUUGAUGGUGGUUUUUUUUUUGUAAUUAUUUACCCUUCAUAUCACCUUGUAAUGUAAGUCAAUAACGGUAAAAAAAAACGUAUGAGGACGCCUCAUUUCUCAUGUCGAAUUCUUUGUGGAGGUCAAACCGGCCUUAUUAAUCGAGCACUUCGUAGUUCAUUUGUAAUAUCGGUCCGUUGUUUGCUUUUAGUUGUUUGUCUCAAUUGUCCUCAGAAAUGUAUUAAAAGGGAAAAUAGCCAUAAAGCAAUAUGAAAGUGACGACCACUGUAUCUGCAGUUUUUGCUCGUUAUACUUAAAUUCUAUUUUGUGUGGUGUAAAUUAUGUCUUUACUAAAUGUAUCCAUGUAAAUAAUCCUGUUCUAGUUUAAUGUUGCAAAAAGGCUUUUAUGUCAGAAAUGUGUCAUUGAAAUCAUCAGCUGUCUAAACUUGUUACAAUCUAUAAACUAUUUAGCAAACUUGA